CGUCCUCCUCACGGUGACUCAGCAGGUCUGCAGGUUUAUAAGGAGGACAGCGGCGCCGGGUCCGUCACCACGGAGACCAUGGCUCGUCUGCUCCACACCGCCUUCCUCCUGGUCUGCUGCCUGGAGCUGCUGCAGGGCCGAGCCUCAGAGUACCAGCUGGACUCGGAGAUGCUCGGCCAGUGUGAAUCGCUAAGGGCCGCAGCUGUUGCCGGGCAACGAGAUGACCCCCCCCACUGUGCCCACGAUGGCGGAUUCAGGCCCGUGCAGUGCAGUGGGCGGGGUCACGAGUGUUGGUGUGUCGACCCUGAAGGUGUUGAGGUCGUCGGGACUCGAACCAACAACUCUGCCACUCACUGUGCGUCCCCCUGCCAGCAGCAGGCGGUCCUGCGUUGUUCUCCUUCGGGCCUGUUUGAGUCUGUUCAGUGUGAGCCCAGCAGGGGGCAGUGCUGGUGUGUGGAUCAGGAUGGGAUGGAGCUCUACGGGACCCGACAGGACGGGACACCUGAGCAUUGUCCCGGCAGCUGUGAGGUGAGGACCAGACGCCUCCUGCACGGCCUCAGGUCUCACUCUCCUCCUCAGUGCGCCGCAGACGGGAGCUUCCUGCCGGUCCAGUGUAAAUUCAUUAACAGCACCGAGGGAGCCGAGCUGGACCUGCUGCUCGCCUUCAACAGGUUCCCAGAAGCCUUUGAGACAUUCGGUAGUUUCAGGACGUUUUUCCCGAUGGUUUCCUCGUUUUGCUUCUGUUCAGACAGCCGAGGCAGAGAGCUGGACAACACAGGUGUGGAGCUCCUCCUCUCCCAGGUGUACGACUCUGCGUUCUCGGGGCUGCGGUCCGGUCGCUCCGUCUCUCAGACAAACGUCUACCGCGUGCUGCAGAGGAGGAUGCUGGGAGUUCUCCUCGCCCUCACCGGACACUUCAGAUGUCCGUCUGCCUGCGAGGAGGAGCGGCGGGCGGCCGUGGAGACAUCCGGCGCUUACGUCCCGUCCUGUGAGAGCGGAGGAGCCUUCACCUCCAGGCAGUGCCAGCAGGGGGGGCAGUGCUGGUGCGUGGACCCGACGGGGGCGGAGCUUCCUGGGACGCGGCGUCUUGGAGACUUGGUGGUCUGCGGCACGGGUCCGUCUGUCUGUCCCUCUCAGCGCCGCGUUGCUCUGUCUCGGCUCUUCUCCGGUCCGGCGGAUCCGUCCUUCCGGGCGGCCGCCGGCAGACGCCCGGCGUCCUGUCUCGCCCUUCUCCGGCCCCUCGGGGAGCUUUUACCUGCAGGGGCGGAGCCCACCUCCUUCCUGUCUCUCCUGGUGGAGGUCCUGCACGGCCUCUUCCCCUCGGUGGGCGGGGCUCUGCAGGCGCUGGCUGGCUCCUCCCCCCGUCGCCUCCAGGAGAACCUGUUCGGAGGGAAGUUCCUGAAAAACGCCGCCUCCUUCAACUUCAGCGGCGCCGUUGGAGCCCGCGGGGGGCUCGGGCCCCAGAGCGCCAGCCUCCGGCAGCACCGGGACCUGGUCCGGGGCCGUGAGCGGCGCCCUGAAGGACCCGGCUUCCUCUCGGCCUUUCAACACACACUGAGGAGCAGCUCGUCCGCUUCCUUCGGUGCAGCAGGUCCUGCGCCUCUGCUGCCGUCCUGCUCGGAGGACCAACCGCCGGCGGCCAUCUUCGUCCCUCGCUGCACGUCCGGUGGAGGUUUCCAGGAGGUGCAGUGCUGGGCCGGGGACUGCUGGUGCGUCGACGCUGGAGGUCGAGAGGUCGCCGGCUCGCGCACCGCCGCCGGCCGGCCGCGGUGCGCCAGCCGCUGCGAGAGGCAGAGGGCGGCGGCGCUGGAGGUGGAGGCGGAGAUGGCAGCCGGCGCCGAGCUCCACGUGCCGGCGUGCUCCGAGGACGGCGACUUCCUGCCACUGCAGUGCGUGAGGGGACGUUGCUUCUGCGUGGACGCCGAGGGGACAGAGAUGGACGCCGAGGGGACAGAGAUGGACGCCGAGGGGACAGAGAUGUCUGCUGUCACAUGUCCAACGAGGACGACUCAGGAGCUUCAGUCAUCUAAAGGGAGCUGUGCCCGCGCGUCAGACGAGGUCGCCGCCUUCAGACAGGAAGUGGAGAGCAUCGUCGCCGUCUCUAACUCCUCCCACCUCCCGCUGGGAUACGGAUUCCUAUUGGCCAGAGGUCUGCAUCUGACCCCGGAGGAGCUUCUCGUCGGCCAAUCGGAGGAGGAGCUGCAGAUCGCCGACGGGCUUCUGGGCCGCUCCGACGGCGCGCUGCGACUGGCCGCUUUCUCCACGCUCCAGAUGUUCCUGCCCCCCCGACGUCGCUCCUACCGGCUGUUCAACCCCCAGUGUGAGAACGAUGGAGAGUGGUUACACACCCAGUGUUACCACAGCACAGGUCAGUGUUGGUGUGUUGAUGAAGAGGGAGAGUACAUCGCUGACUCUCUGAGCAGCCGCUCACUGCGCCUGCCUACAUGUCUGACGCGCUGUCAGAGAGCUCAGACUCACUCGCUGCUCUCCGGUUGGAUGAAAGGAUCUGAUGACGUCACUUCAUUGUACCGACCGGAGUGUGACGAGGACGGCGGCUUCUCCGUGCUGCAGACAGGUGGCGCUGCUGGCUGGUGUGUGAACCGUGUGACCGGGGAGACGAUGCAGAUGGCGACGCGGAGCCCUGCAGGACACCUGACAUGUCCCAGCUGGUGUGAGCUGCGGGGCUCCCAGUGUCGCCCCGACGGCUCCUUUGUCCCUCUGCAGUGUGACAUCACUUCCUGCUGGUGCGUUGGCGAGGACGGACACGAGGUGGGCGGGACCCAGACCCCCCGGCGGACGGGCCGGACGCCAUCAUGUGACCGUCCCCUCUGUCCCGCCCCCGCCGUUACCCAUGGUGCACUGGUGUGCCGCCCGGCCGCCAACGGUGAGCAGGGUUGCGACCUCAUCUGUCACCGGGGUUACCAGAACGCGCUGCCUGUCAGCAACUUCCUGUGCCGGACCGAGAGUCGCCAGUGGGACGGAGGCGACGGGCCGGUGGGCGGAGCCUGUCGGGUCCCUCAGCCCCUCCAGUCGGUGUCGUCCUCUCAGCUGUGGACGUUGUCCUCGUCCUGCUCUCAGAUCAGCAGCCUACGGUCCCUGUUGUCCUCCAUGAUGACCAGCAGGGGGCUCUGCUCUGCACAGCUCCCAGUGUCUCCUCUCUCCGUGUCGUUGUGCGAUGACUCCUCGGUGAGUUUGUUGUGCGUUGGUGAUGACACUCUGAAGGUAACCUUAACCUGGACCGCCCAACUUUCUGACCUCCCGACCUCUGACCUCCCCGACCUCCACGACAUCGGUGUUUUCAUGAAUGAGUCCAGACUCCUGGAGGGCAUCCAAGGGCUUCUGGGUAAUAUCCGCUCCAUGCUUUCAUCACAACCUCGUCUUGUCUCUGUGACGACGCCGAGCUUCGGUUGUUCCCAUGGUUACCGGCUGGCUGGAGACGGCGAAGUCUGCGUUGUCUGUCCCGCUGGGAGCUACUCUGGGGAGGGGGCGUGUCUUCUUUGUCCAGAGGGAACCUAUCAGGACGAAGAGGGGCGGGACUUAUGCCACAAGUGUCCCACGGGCUCCUCGCCUCCUGGAGCGUCAUCUGUCAAUCAAUGUCUGACUGAAUGUCAGAGGCGGGGCCUGCGUUGUUCGGAGCGGGGCGACUUCCUCCCGGCACAGCCCGACUUCCUGUCCGGCAGGUGGAGGUGCUUCGACGGCAAGGGGGCGGAGCUUGAGUGGACCAACAGGGACGAGCCUUGGACCGAUGAUGAGUGCUCAGUUCUCAACAAGUUUCAGGCUGUUCCCGGAUCAGAUCUGAUUGUCAGAGCUGAAGACACAGAAGUCCUGCAAACGACGACCUCUGACCUCACAUCCUGUGUGCAAGCGUGUGCAGUGGAGCCGUCCUGCCACUAUGUGGCGCUGAUCAACCGACGGAGUGUGUGUGAACUGUACAGCACGCACACAAUGAACACACACUGCAACGCCUCCCAGCAGACCAUUGGCUUUCUGGGUAAUUCGCGGGCCGAGCUCUUCUCUUCGCUGAGCUGCUCCCUGAGAGUGAGGGGCGGGGCUUCCGACCUGCUGGUUGUCAGGAAGAAAGGAGAGGAGUUUGAGAGGAUGACCAUGACGAAGGCCGUCUCAGGUGUGUUCAGGAUACAGGUGUUCCCUUCGGGAAGGACCUCCCUUUCCGACGCACACCGCUUCUGUCAGGACGGCUGCAGCCGCGACGCCUGUUGCGACGGGUUUGUCCUCAACCGGAACAGCCUGAGUGGAGGUUCUCUGCUGUGCGGUUGGCUGAGAGCUCCGUCAGUCUUGAUGUGCGGGGACAAGGACUGGGACAUGAUCGGACAGGGGACAGCCAAUCGCGUCUGUGGGGCGGGGCUUGCCUACAACGAGAAACAGAGCAGCUUCGUGUUUGACUUCGGAGGAGAAAAGUUCAACAUUAAUGAAUCGUCUCUUCCGGCCGACACGAAGAACCAGAAGGACUACCAGGCCUCCAUCGUCAGCUUCCAGGCCGUCUACUUGAAGCCCGAUGGUGAUUCAGCAGCUGGUGGUUCUGAUUCUUCUUUGUGUGCUGCAGCAGAACUCAGUCCUCCUCCAGAUGACUCGGUACAGAUGAAGUUCGACUCUCUCUCUGAAGAAGACGUGCACGUGGACCCUCUCCGUGCGCUCCCCUCGCUCUCCUUCUGGCUCAACAGGAAAAACUACGACUCCCAGAAGGCACUGCUCUGGUGCCUGGCAGGAUGCGACGGCGAGCCUCGUUGCUCCGUGGCCGACCUGGGGGACGCUGACUCGCCGUGGUUGUUCGCUUGCUCGAUGCACGCCGACGGCAGCCAGUGUGGAGCGUACCACGAGCCGUGCGUGUGUGUGUGUGUGUGUGCGUUCAGGUUCAUGGAGUGUGAGCGGCGCUGUGAUGAGGAUCCUUGUUGCCGCGGCAUCGGCUUCGUCCAGGACACUGAAUCGUCAGCAGGCGGGUCCGGCGUGGUGUGUGUGUCACUCAUCAGUCUCGGGGUUCAAACCUGCAGCGAGGUCGCCAUGACGACCGCGAGGACUCAGGACUGCUCCCCCUCUGUGGUGAAGACCCACCGGGACCCCUUCGGCUGGUACCAGAAACCCGUCAAUCAGUGGAGUUCUUCUCCGGCUCUUUGUCCUCAGUUCAGCCUGCCAACAACCAACGUGUCUCUGGACCAAUGGCGUCUUCUCUCUGACUCAUCAUUCCUCGUGGACCCGUCCAUGCGCACGUAUGAUGUCAUCCACGUGAGCCGUGACAUCGCCACCAACAGGGAAAAGACCAGGGACUGGUGUCUCCAUGCGUGUCAGGAGGCGGAGUCCUGUGUCGCCGUGUCGCUCAGCGAGGAGGCGUCCGCCACCCGCUGCGUCCUCUACCCCGACACCACGGCCUGCGGGCUGAACUCCGCCCCCAGUUCGUCCAGGCCCGCCUCCUCCUGCAGACUGGUCAUCCGAGAGCCUGCCCCCAGGGUGUACCUUAGGACAGAACGUCUGUCCACGGUCACGUCCUUCUCCGUGCCGGGUCAUGGGACCCUGCGGGGCGUCGUCGUGGAAACGUCCCUGGGCUCGGACAGGAAGCGGGUGGUUCAGUUCCUGGGCGUCCCGUACGCUCGUCCGCCAACCGGAUCGCUGCGCUUCGAGGCAGCUCGGCCGUCUGAUUGGUCAGGAGACUGGGACGCCACCAGGCCCCGUCCUAGUUGUAUCCAGCCUGGUGAUGAAGACUCUCCUUCCUCCAGUGAAGACUGUCUCUACCUCAACAUCUUCACUCCUGCUUCUCUGAGGGGGCGUGUCCCAGUCCUGGUUUUCUUCUUCAACCCCUCGGCCAAUCAAAGCCCAGGCCUGUUGGAUGGCUCCGCCCUUGCUGCUGUGGGUGAUGUGGUUGUGGUAACGGCAAGCUACAGAACCGCAGCCCUGGGAUUCCUGAGCACAGUUUCGUCUGGUCUCCGUGGUAACUACGGGCUGUCGGACCAAGAGGCGGUGCUCCGUUGGGUUAACGCCCACAUCUCUCUGGUGGGCGGAGACAACAGGACAGUGACAGUCGGGUCGGAGAGAGGAGGCGCUGAUGUCACCAGCCUUCACCUCCUCUCAUCUCCCUCUCCUCCUCCAUUCCAGCGCAUGAUGCUGAUGGGCGGUUCUGUCUUUUCUCCGUCACUGGUCCAGACUUCCUCCGCCUCCAGACGCCGGGCGGUGCAUCUGGCCAAAGAGCUCGGCUGCGUGACAUCUGACCUCCCCGACGGCGAUGACGAUAAGAUGGCCGCCUGCCUCAGAGCGGCGCCUGUGUCCGCGCUGAACGCCGCUCAGACCAAACUGUUGGCGGUCAGCGGCCCCUUCCAGUCCUGGGCUCCGGCCCGUCCGUCCUCGUCCCGGCCCUCCCUCCACGGGGUCGACCUCCUGCUGGGGUCGUCGCAACACGACGGUCUGAUCGGCCGCGCUCGCAAGAUAAAGGACUUCGAGGCCCUUCGGGGUCGAGCCGACGGUAAGACGGCGUUCUACGAGGCCCUGAGCCGCUCGCUGGGCGGCGUGACAGGAAGUGACCCGCUGAAGGAGGUGGCGGCCUGGUUCUACUCUCUGGAUCACGGCGCCUCGCCUGCUGGGUACAACCGGUUCUCCAGGGCGCUCGACAACGCUACCAGAGAUCUGUUUAUCAUCUGUCCCAGUCUGCAGAUGGCUAGCCACUGGGCUAACAGCAAAGCUAACGUCUUCCUGUACCACCAACCUGCCACCAGCUCUCACAACAGGGCCGAUGCGUCUGUUCCUCUGGAUGUUCAGUUGGUGUUCGGGACGCCUCAUCAUCCAAUGAGCUCGCAGCGUUUCACCUCCUCUGACCGACGCCUCUCUCUGGCCAUGAUGACCUACGUCUCCAGCUUCAUCAAGAGCGGGAACCCAAAUCCCGUCACGUGUGUGGGCGGGAGUCAGUUUUGCUCCGCUGGCAGCCGGGGCUGUCCUCUUCAGGCCCCGCCCCACUAUCUGCAGAUAGGCUCCGCCCUCCAACAGCGUCAGGGGCUGAGUCAGAGCUCCUGCUCUUUAUGGAGCCAACUGGGAACCAGUCUGAGCGGUAUAUCGGGGGCGGAGCCUGUCCAGCUUGUGGUCCCUGAGCUCCCAUUGGCUCUACCAUCCAGCCAAUCACAGACUGAGAAAGAUGCCUACAACUAAACCAGGGACAUUAUUGUCAUCAUCCUUUCCUCUUGUGACAUGUGAAGAAAUCAAAUCUGUGUUAAUCAAUAAAGAAAAUAAUUUACUAUUGUAAA